AUGCGUCCCCGGGCGCCAGGGCCACUGUGGCCGCUGCCCUGGGGGGCCCUGGCGUGGGCCGUGGGCUUCGUGGGCUCCGUGGGUUCGGGGGACCCCGUGCCCGGUGGUGUCUGCUGGCUCCAGCAGGGCCGAGAGGCCACCUGCAGCCUGGUGCUGAAGACGGAUGUGAGCCAGGCUGAGUGCUGUGCCUCUGGCAACAUCGACACUGCCUGGUCCAACUUCACGCACCCGGGGAACAAGAUCAGCCUCCUGGGCUUCCUAGGCCUCGUCCACUGCCUCCCCUGCAAAGAUUCGUGCGAGGGCGUGGAGUGCGGCCCUGGCAAGGCCUGCCGCAUGCUGGGGGGCCGUCCGCGCUGCGAGUGCGCGCCCGAUUGCACCGGGCUCCCGGCGCGCCUGCAGGUCUGCGGUUCUGACGGCGCCACCUACCGCGACGAGUGCGAGCUGCGCGCCGCGCGCUGUCGCGGCCACCCGGACCUGCGCGUGAUGUACCGGGGUCGCUGCCGCAAAUCUUGUGCCCACGUGGUUUGCCUGCGGCCACAGUCGUGUGUGGUGGACCAGACUGGCAGCGCGCACUGCGUGGUGUGUCGCGCGGCGCCCUGCCCCGCACCAUCCAGCCCCGGCCAGGAACUCUGUGGCAACAACAACGUCACCUACCUGUCCUCCUGCCAUCUCCGUCAGGCCACCUGCUUCCUGGGCCGCUCCAUCGGCGUGCGCCACCCGGGCAGCUGUGCAGGCACCCCCGAGCCGUUAGAUCCUGAGUCCGAGGAGGAGGAGGAGAACUUUGUGUGA